CAUGUAACAAACGGUUAGUGUACGCCCCAACGCACCCGUUGAUGCCGUUGUUGCCCUAGUGUUUUCCGUUCCCGGUAAUCAACCAACCGUCGCCCGGGCGGCUUUCGUGCUGUGGCGGCGGCGGAGGCGGAGGCGAGGCGGAACGGGUUGGUGAGUAGUUGGCAUGAGCGAGCAAUAACCCGCCGUGGGUGUCUUGCAUUCUACGGUUUGUAGAAUAAGCUUUAGCCAUGUCUCUUACCGGCAAAAUCUUCUUCCAAAAGACAUAUUAUGAGGUCUUGUCAGUCAAAGAAGAUGCGAGUUAUGAUGAGAUCAAAGUAAGUUACAAAUCCGCCCUUCUAAAUUCUCAUCCUGAUAAGCUGCACAAGAAAUAUGAUGCAUCUAGGGAUCAUCAUGAGCUAGAUUUCCUAGAGGUGCAGAAGGCAUGGGAAGUCCUUUCGGAUUCCAAGUCUAGGGCAAACUAUAACAAGGAGUUGCAAGCUUCGAGGCUGGAACUGGAGAUUCCGGCCAAUGAAGUUGAAUUGGGGGAUAUGUCUGUUAAGACCGUCGGUGAUCUGCAGGAGCUCUUCUACGAAUGUAGAUGUGGUGACUAUUUCUCAAUCACCUCAUUGGAGCUCAGAGAGAUGGGCAUUUUAUUGGAUAUGGAGAGUGUGCAUUUAUCUGUUGAUUCAAAGCCAGCUUCAGUUCUCAUUCCUUGUGGCUCUUGUUCACUGAAGAUUCGUCUAAGUAUAGAUCACAGUCCUUGAAUGCUGUUAGCUUCUAUUGCCUUGCAAAGAAAGAACAUCUCUUCCUCUGCUCUUCCACUUUUCCUAUGUGUUUCUCUCUCAUUUUUCUUUCCCACAAUUUACAUGUUUCAUAAUCUUGAGAGAUAAGAUGAGCUUUUGUAUCCAAAACUGAGAUUUUUAGUCUUUUAUAUUAAAUGAUAUUUAAUCAA